AUGGCUGAACUACACGAGAAGGCGACGGUCGAACUGUUCGAGAAGAAGGCUGAGGCUGCCUGCCGCUACCUGCCGGAACUGAAUGAAGUGGCUUCGAUUCACAGUGGCUGCAACAACAAAGAAGUGCUCUCUAUGGAAAUCUAUCAUAUGGCUAAAAGCGUGUUAAAAGAAUCUUCUUACACCGUCCGUAAUGGAGAUGUCUCCAUUGACCGCAGCAACCAGAAGCAAGAGGAGCAACUUAAAUCUCAUCCUGGAAUUCAAAUCUAUCUGAAAAAAACAUGA